AUGAACAACUUGAAGUUGGAGGGCGAAAAGCACCAAGAACGUGCUGAUGAGCUCGCCGAAAAGGUCAAGGAACUUGAACAAGAAAUUCUUGAAAAGGACCACCAGAUCCAGGCUCUCACCAGAAAGAACCAAGUCUUGGAAGAACAAGUUGAGAAGCUUGAAACCGACCUCGAAGAGAUUAAGCACACCGCUGAUGAAUCGCACUCUCUUAAGACUUCGAAUGACAACUACACCAAGAAGAACCAAGUCUUGGAAGAAGAACUUGAAGAAGCUGACAAGAACUUGAAGGAAACUACCGAAAAGUUGAGAGAGACCGACAUCAAGGCUGAACAACUUGAAAGAAAGGUGGCUUCGUUGGAAUCCGAAAAGGAAGAAUGGGAACGCAAGUACGAGGAAUUGUCUGAACAAUACAAUGCCGCCAAGUCUGAGUUGGAUGAAAUCUCGCAACAAUUGGAAGCCAUCUAA